AUGACUCCUACUGUUGAUGAGUUCCUAUCGAGGAUUGGUACCAUUCCUCAGGUUAUCGAUAAAGAUGAAUGCAUAUACUGUUUUGAAACGGUGUACAACAAGGUAGACGAGGAGGACCACCACUCACUCAAUAUAUGCCUUCAAUGUUUCCAAGCUGUUUGUGCGAGAGAUGUAUCAUUACACCAAAAGGUGACCCAGUUGUCUCAGGGUGCAGAACAUACCCAGUACUUGAACGUUUCCAAGAGGGCGAAGGGGGAGGAGGGACAUGAGAGCGACGAGGCCUCAAAGAGCAAGAAGCUGAAGUUACAGGUUAUUGAAAAGAGCGAAGAUGAAUUGUACCACACGUUGUGGUCACUUGUGAACAUUGCCAAUGGAACGACUACCGUUGUGUCAGCAGAGACAGACGCCCAGGGGACUGCCCCUGAAAUUGUGCAAAAGAUUUUGAAUGCCAAGUCGCAAGCCUCGGUGAACCAGGUGCACUCCUGGGAACUCCAGCUUAAAUCGUGUCAGCAUGUUCAAAGCCUUCAACCAAAUGUGGAAACCCAAACUAUCGACUUGUCUCACUGUUUUGAUUGUGAACUGAACUCGAACCUGUGGUUAUGUUUACACUGUGGACAUGUCGGCUGCGGUCGUCAGCAGGUUGGUAUUGAUGGGAACACGCAUGCCUUGGCACACUAUGACUCGUGCAAGACUCACCCUCUGGCAAUCAAAUUAGGGUCGCUGAGCGAGUCAUCGUACGAUCUGUACUGCUAUGGAUGUGACGAUGAGGUAAAAUUUGAUGAUUCGCAGCAGUUAAACAAAGUACUAGCAAGCUACGGUAUUGAUCCAUCAAUGGGGAAUGCCACUGAAAAGACUCUGACGGAGUUACAAGUGGAACAGAACAUGAAUUGGGAUUUCCAAAUGACAGACGAGAGUGGCCAUGAGUUAGUGAAAUUGAACCCCAGUAAAGAGGUAGGUUGUGGGUUAAUCAACAUGGGGAACUCGUGCUACCUGAACUCAGUGCUACAAUGCUUAUUCCAAGACGAAACUUGGACCGGGAAACUGCAAAUGGCAGUUGGUGAAGAAUUCCCCACGGAUGUUGUUUUCCCCUCAAACAACUUACGAUGUCAGUUGAUAAAAUUGUAUCGCGCAAUGAAGUUGGAACCUGAAUUGUACCCACAGGGCAUCAAACCGCAAUCUUUCAAAAAAUGUUUUAGUGCAGGACAUGAGGAAUUUGCGUCUCAAAGACAGCAGGACGCCAUGGAGUUUUUAACGUACAUGAUUGACAAUUUAGACAAGAAACUGAGCCCUACAUGCCCUGGCGAUACUUUCAAAUUCCAAAUGUGCUCACGGAUCGAAUGUACGGAGUGCCAUGGUGUGAAAUACGUACCUGAACAGGCAGAAUGCAUCCAGAUCCCAUUAGAAGAGAACAAGGACAAACAGUCUCUGACAGAACGACUUUCAAACGUGUUUGAGCCAGAAACUAUCGAGUUCAAGUGUCCGGCCUGUAAAAGUAGAAGGAGCGCGAUUAAAAAGACUUUCAUUGAAACGUCACCAGACGUGUUGAUUUUGAACCCUAUUCGUAUUGGGAUCGAUAGAACCACUUGGCAACCCGUCAAAACCUCUGCGGAAUUAACCUUUAACGAGACAGAAUCCCUCUCACCUUUCGUUUUUGAGAGACCUACGGAUGGGGAGAAAUUGCUACCUGAGGAAGAGGACGACGCAGUUGCAUUUACGCCCCGUGAGGACACGAUGGCGCAAUUGAUGGAAAUGGGGUUCUCCUCGAAUGCAGCGAUCAGAAGCUUGUACCAUACGGGUAAUGUACCUGACGGUGAAGUGGCAUUGAGUUGGUUGUUUGAGCAUGUAGAGGACGCAGAUAUCAACGAACCGUUUACUCCGCCGAGCAAAGACGACAAGGGUGGGUUGACUGUGGACCCUGCCGCCCUGGAACAGAUGGUAUCCAUGGGGCUGGACGCGAAAUUGUGUCGCAAGGCAUUGCUGCAGUAUUUGAAUGAUGUAGCGAGCAGUGUCGAGUGGGUGUUCUCGCACCCGGACGACGAUGGGUCUCUUGAGACAGAGACUGCCCCACAGGAUACUGCAAACGCGGCACGCAAGUUUGGCCACCCGGGUGGGUCAAUUUACAAACUGUACGGUAUAGUGUGCCACAAGGGUAACUCCACGCAGUCUGGCCAUUACGUGGCUUACAUUAGACAGCGUGAUGGGCAAUGGACGCUGUACAACGAUGAAAAGAUUGUUUGCGUGGAGUCUCUUGAUGAGGCACUACGUAACGGUUAUAUCUUCCUAUAUAAGCUAUGUUAG